CACAUUUGGCCCCUCUUCCCAUCCUCUUUUCCUCUCAGGAAACACAUCCUGUCGCUGGCUGGCGGCGGCGCACAAAAUGUUUGUUGCACACUAGAGAGAGGACCUCAGCAAACGCCCCCUGGUCUCCAGACAAAGGAAUACACCAAACAGUGACGUCUGGGGGGUGGGGGGGUGUGAGACAUUCUCACACACACACAGCUACACACACACACAUAUUGGAAGUAAGCAUGAAGGAGGGGGCAGUCCUUUUAAAGCUUGCCACAGUUGCACACUGAUGUCUUGGACUGACUUGGCGUUGAACAGCGACUCCCCCACAGCUCAACUUUGACCUCGAGGAUUUGCAGAGAAACUGAGUCGCUGAGCGAGACCGAGAGAAGUGGAGAGGAGGUGGGCUGAGAGGACGCCUUGUUCCAGCUGCAGGAGCUCUUCAAGACCAGAGAGAGAGUCAGAGCCACCAGCCCGCCUGCUCCUAGCAACGCCGGUCAAGGAACUGGUCCAGUUCUUCUCUGGAAGCAAAAGAAAAAAAAACAAUCCGCAGGCAAAGCAGCUGCACUCAUACAAGUCAGACGAGGGCAGCGAGCAGAGCACUGAAGGACGGGAAAGGAUCAAAGAUAAAACAGGCCAACUAACACACGGACAAAAACAGUGAAGGAGUGAGCUGACAGUGGAGCUGCAGCCAGCCGGAGCUACUGGAAUGGACCUCGGUGUCAGCUGGAUUAUCCCCCACGUACCCACUGCGCUGUCUGAGGAGGAGGGCUGAGGAUCUCCUAAAACGACCACCAACUCCUGAAUGAGGAUGAAUGGAGAUGUUCUUUAGCUAAGCCUCGAGACAACAGCCUGCGUCCAUCUCUGCGUGAGCCGGGACGGUCGCCGCCAACAGCUGGAAGAAGUGGAGGAGGUGGAGAGGAGCCAGGGGCCGCAGAGCACCGCCGGCGGCGCCGGCCCAGAGGGGGGGCCGGGGAGCGGGCAGCCCAGCCAGGGGGACCAGCAGGUGGAGGAGGGACGCCACGGAGGGGGAGAGGUGGCGGGGGCCCGGCGUCACAUGGCCGUGCAGAGGCUGGUGGCAGCGGCGGUGGCUGUGGCCCUGCUGUCUCUGGUCCUAAACAAUGUUGCAGCGUUCACGCCCAGCUGGGUCCUGCAGGCUCUGGACGACGGGCGCAAGCGCAGCGUGGGGCUCUGGAAGAUGUGCCCCGCCGGAGGGGAAAAGGGCCGCGAAGACCUCCAGGCUGCACGAAGGGUCCAAGGCACGCAGAGGCCCUGUCAAAGCCUGGAAUGGGGCUCUGACCACGCAGGAUACCAAGAAUCCCGCAGCACUGUCAAAUUGCAGUUUAACAUGAUGCGAGCCUGUAACCUGAUGGCGACCGUGGCCCUGACUGCUGGCCAGCUGAUCUUCCUGCUGGGCCUGAUGGAGCUGCCGUUCAUCACGCAGGAAUCUCAGUGGUGGGAGGAGGCCAUCGCUGCACUCUUCCAGCUCGCCAGCUUCGUGCUGGUGAUCGGACUUGUGACCUUCUACAGGAUCGGACCCUACACGCAUCUGUCCUACUCCUGCUACUUGGACAUCGCCGCCUGCCUGCUCGCCACGCUGGCCGCAGCCAUGCUCAUAUGGAACAUUCUACACCGCCGCGACGACUGCCUUGCCCCCAGAGUCAUAAUCAUCAGCCGCUCGCUCGCGUCUCCGUUCCAAACGCGGCUGGACAACGACUACGUGGAAUCCCCUUGUUGAGCAGAAUACGAAGAAAAGACGACGGCGACAAGACUGCAAGUUAAACUCCAGCGAGAUGCCACCGAAAUGACUCUCAGGAGAAGAACACACCCCAGGGACACGUGCCUGCAAACCUAUUAAUUACUCAAACUCACCACUCUAUCAGUGAGGACAAAGACAUAUUUUGCUGCUUUAUGCACAUAACAUAUAUUUUGCAAAAAAAAAAAGGCGACUAGAUCGGUCUAAAGUUCCAGAAACAUUCAAAGACGGCGUCUUUUCAUGUAUUCGUG